GCAUCCGGAAAAUAAAAUAGUCGGCUGACAACGCAAGAUAUUUAAUUGAAGCGCUCUAAACUGUUAAUGCUUUAAGCAGUGUACUUAUAAACGUGCAGCGGUUGAUUAAUGCAUGGAUUUAUCACGAAUAAACUAAAGAUUCAUUACACGUUAUGUGGUUCCAUUUCUGAUAAGUGUUACACACAGGAAAUACUAAAUCAUCGUUAAUAAUAAGUACGUUGCUUUUUUAAGUCAAUCCAAAGACAGCCAAUAUCCAUAAAUUGACUUUGUAACUACGUUUAAGCAAAAAACUAGUUGUGAGUGAUUGCUACACCAAGCAUGGGUGGAAAUGAUAACGCAAGUGAAACGACAACAGAUUUGAUUGGUGUUUCAAAUGUCUCGACACCUUUCACUACGCCGUCGACUGAAGCAACCGUUUCGUUACCUACUACCGCUGAGAUCAAUACUGAAGCAGCGCCCGAAACGUCUGCAUUCAUCGCUCCUGAAUACUUAACCACGCAACAAACGGAAGUCACAACGGUUGAAGUGGUACCGGAUUCUUCUGAGCCUACCGAAGUUACAACCACCCCAGAAACGAAAGCAACAUCGGUUGAAGUGGUACCGAUCUCUUCUGAGACCACUUCUGAUGAAUCUUCCAAAUCAGUAACAUCAGAUACAACUUUGCCAACAUCAGGUCUUACCGAGUUACCAACUGCAGAAAUCACAAUAAAAUCAAGCUCGUCGUAUGUGUCCACUUCAGAAAUAAGUUCUGUGGAAACCAUUACCUUUCCCGACACAAUGUCAACUGAAGAGCAUGGCUCGGUCACCUCGGAAAUUAGCACUACAGCGCAUACUGCCCUUAUCACAGAUACGUCUGGUUCAGUAACAACAGUAACAUGUGAGAAAACAUGUAUAGGCGUCGUUAUUGGCUUGUCAGCAGGCGUUAUAGUGCUAGUAAUACUCAUAUCCCUACUCUGCUACUACCGGCAUCGUAAACGCUGGAUUCAAAAGAUCAAAGCCGAACAAAGCAAGGCCGACCUUUGGGCGGUAUCCGCGUGCGGUAAUGGCCUUGGAAACACCAUUGUCAACGACAGCUUCAUGGACUUCCGGCUCGCUUCGCCCGCGCCCCAAACAGGCCAAGAAAGCUCCGCCUCACAAUUCCAUCGGGGUGGUUCAAAGGCCUGCAAUCCAGCACCAGACAUAUUCACAUUUGAUUCAGAAACAUUGCGUAGGAAUACAUUCAGUGCUCCGGAAAAUAUUAUUACCGCGCGUAUGCAGGUGAUGCUUAACUCCGAUGAGCACGCGCGGACUAUGUCGGACUACCGCGGAAGGGGGCGCACAGUUGCCGCUGGAAGAAAACCGAAGGGCAGACUCGAUGAACAUGUUUUGCUGAGCCAUGAGGAAAUAUUUGACGACAAUAUCGAUCCAAAUAUAUUGCGCGAUCAGGGCGUCAGUAGCUUUACGACUGAGCUCUAGCCAUAUAAACCGAUUGCCGGAAAAGAAUGCCAUUGAAUAUACAUGUAUAUGAGUGUUAAACAAAAAUCGUAUUAAAGAUGUUUAUUAUGAUUUGAA